AUGGCGGGGGAGCAGCUCGAGAGACGGCCUUCACUCUGCUUUCAGAAUGUUCCCCCGGCAAGGACGCCUCCUGCCCGGGCUUCCUCGGCCCAAGGAUCCCCGGCCCGUGCAUCACCUUCCAGGUCAUCGUCCAGCAGGUCUUCCACGUCAGUCUCCACGACAUCCUCUCCAAUGAGAGUCUACCUGGUUAGAGCAACGCCAGUGGGGGCCGUACCUGUCCGGGCAUCUCCUGCCAGGUCCCAGCCAGCUGCCAGGACCACUGGGGAAAGCCCAGGUAUCAGCUUGCCCAAGUUCACCUGGCAGGAGGGCCAGAAGCGGCUGCCGCUCAUCGGAUGUAUCCUUCUCCUCAUCACCCUCGUGGUGUCGCUCAUCGUUCUCUUCUACUUCUGGCGGGGCCACACAAGAGUCAAGUACAAGGAGCCAGUAGAGAGCUGCCCCAAGCAUGCUGUGCGCUGUGAUGGGGUCGUGGACUGUAAGCUGAAGAGUGAUGAGCUGGGCUGUGUGAGGUUUGACUGGGACAAAUCCCUGCUUAAAGUCUACUCUGGACCCUUCCAGAAGUGGCUUCCUGUCUGCAGUGAUGGCUGGAAUGACUCCUACUCAGACAAGACCUGCCAGCAGCUGGGUUUCAUGAGUGCUUACCGGACAACCAAGGUGACCAACAGGGACUUUGCCAGCAGUUUCUCAAUCUCUGAGUAUAACUCCACCAUCCAGGAGAGCCUCUACAGGGAUGAAUGCCCUUCUCAGCAGUAUGUCUCUCUACAGUGUUCCCACUGUGGACUGAGGGCCAUGACCGGGCGGAUCGUGGGAGGGGCUCUGGCCCCAGAGAGCAAGUGGCCUUGGCAAGUUAGUCUGCAGUACGGCAACACCCACAUUUGUGGGGGCACACUGAUCGACGCCCAGUGGGUGCUCACCGCUGCCCACUGCUUCUUCGUGACCCGGGAGAAGAUCCUGGAGGGCUGGAAGGUGUACGUGGGCACCAACAACCUGCAUCACCUGCCCGAGGCAGCCUCCAUCGCCCAGAUCAUCAUCAAUGGCAACUACACGGAUGAGCAGGAUGACUACGACAUCGCCCUCAUGCGGCUCUCCAAGCCCCUGACCCUGUCGGCUCAUGUCCACCCUGCCUGCCUCCCCAUGCAUGGACAGACCUUCAGCCUCAAUGAGACCUGCUGGAUCACAGGCUUUGGCAAGACCAAGGAGACAGAUGAGAAGACAUCCCCUUUCCUCCGGGAGGUGCAGGUCAGCAUCAUUGACUUCAAGAAGUGUAAUGACUACUUGGUCUACGACAGUUACCUCACCCCAAGGAUGAUGUGUGCUGGGGACCUGCGGGGAGGCAGAGACUCCUGCCAGGGAGACAGUGGGGGGCCUCUGGUCUGCGAGCAGAACAACCGCUGGUACCUGACAGGAGUCACGAGCUGGGGCACAGGCUGUGGCCAGAGAAACAAACCCGGCGUGUACACCAAAGUGACAGAAGUCCUCCCCUGGAUAUACAGCAAGAUGGAGAGUGAGGCGCGCUUUCGGAAAUCUUAAGCAGCUGUCCUGCUCCACUUGACGGCACUGGCUGCUGUGAAAACUCUGGCCAAAGUGACCGGGCCAUUUGCAGCAGCAUCCGGGCUAAAGGCCACCAGAUACUUUCAUGACUGCCACCUUCAGCGUCUGCUGCCUCUGAACACACACACGUGUGUGUGUGCAUGUGUGCCUGGGUAUAUGUGUGUGUCACCGCUUUCCCAAGGUCUUCAGAAACCAGGAGAGCUGUCAACUCUUCCCAAACCCCAGGCUGGAAAUCACCUGGAGAUAACUGUCUGGGCACCGUGGAGGUUCCCAUGGGGGUGCCCAAAACAGAUGGAGGAGGCAGAGCCCAGGGAAGGGCCUGGAAGGUCACAUCAGGAAUUCUUGCUCCUUUGACUCUGACUCAGACUAGCCCAGGAUGGGCAGCCACCCGGUGGCCCAGCCAUCACUGCCGUCAAGGGACAGUGAGAGGUUUCAUGGAGUGCCUGCACUGUCCCUAGUGGGAAGAUAUUCCUGUUGGCAUUCCCAGCAUCCUGCUCUCUCUGAGCCGUCCUGCUGGUGCCACUGGUGUGGAGCGGGGCUGUGCCAUGGCUGUCCAUGCUGACCACUGUGAGCAGGGCUCACUGUCCUUGUUUGGUCACAGGCUGCUGGAGGCAAAUUUCAUUUCAUUUUUUUUAUAUAUUCAAGAAAGGGAAGUAGACGUAUUUUUAAAGAUUCUCCAAAAAUUCCAGGAGCCAAGAGAGCUAGCAUCAGUCACCCCAAGAACUCCGAGGGACCCCUGGGAGCUGAGCUCUGGAGUCCCGUGGAAUGCUCCUGGCCUCAAGGGACUGGAUGAAGGGGUCCCGUUGAGAUACUCAGGGAAGUGAAUCCUACGUGGGCCGGCGGACAAAUCCAACACAAAGACAGCCGCAACGGCUGCUGCAUUUCGGGGCUGCAAGGGCACAAAGGAAGCGAUGCUGCUUCUCCGUGAGCCCCCGGAGCCUGGGGACAUCCAUGUGGACCGGCAUCUCUCACACCUGGGGCCGUCUUGGGACUUUGGAGCUUCCUCACCACCUUUCGAUGUCUCAGUAGUUCCAGAGACAUAGCAUUGUCAUGAAAACUGUCACGAAGGGAAAGCCGACUCUGUCCCCAGGCCCUCCAAACAGCCCUUCUGAAGGAUCCGAGUCGCCCCCUCUUGCAGGCCAUCAGCACGCCCAGCCUCUGCACCAGCUGAAGUCCUGGACCGUUCCCCAUCCUUUUCUCUGGGGCGCCCAUGCCUCCUGCAGUUCCAUUCUCCUCGCCUUCCUUGGGAUUGUCUGGUGGUGCUCUGACUCCCAGAGGUGUGGUCCAAGCAGAUCAGCCCAGCCCAGCACAGGCAGGCGGCUGCUGGGGCGAUUGUUCUGGAAGAGCAGGCUGGAGCUGGCUAGUGUGGCUGGGCAGAGUCUGAAGGGGCUGGUUGCAUGUCAUUAA